AUGGCUUCUCACUUUAAAAGGUGCCACCGUAAUAAUGCCCAAAUCUCUGUCGCCGUCGCUGCUGCUGCUGAAAUCAUCGGCCGCAACGCCGACCUGAUACAGGAGAUCCUUAGGCGUCUGCCUGUGAAAUCCCUCCUUCGAUUCAGGUCAGUCUCUAAACCAUGGCUCUUUCUCAUCUCCACUCGCCGCUUCUCUCUCCUCCAUUGGCUACAGCAGCAGCAUCCACAAUUCCAUGAUCCCAAAAUCUCCGGCCUUUUCUUAUCCGCUAGAUACUCACCUGAAUUCAUCAAAUACAUUCCUCUCAUUCUCACUGACUUGAAGAAGAAUCGAUGUAAUAGUUUUACUAGUGGAGAUGAAAACAAGUCACUCCCUCUCCUCUUUCCUGACAUGAUCAUAGAAGACUCUCGUUAUGGUUUACUGCUCAUCUGCUGUGAAACUAAGCAGGCUAAUUAUUGUAUCCGAAAGUCUUACCAUGUUUACAAUCCUACCACCAAGCAAGUCUCCACUCUUCCCUGGCCUUUUACCCGCAGUCGCAGUUAUCCUCCUGAAUAUUUAUAUUUGGUUUUUGAUCCUUUGAAAUCACUUCACUACAAAGUUGUUUUACUUCGAAGUUCAGUAUAUUACGGUUGCUACUUGUGUCAAGUACAUAUUUAUUCCUCAGAAACCCAUGCAUGGCGGGGGCCACAACCCAAUAUUGGUGAUCAUCAUCAUCCUUUUAAGGCACCUUUGACUAUGAAAUUAGAUAGUGGAGUCUAUUGCAAUGGUUCCAUCCAUUGGAUUUCCUUCAGCCCACCACCACAAGACACUUCCUUAUACUUUGAUGUUGAUCAAGAAAGAUUUUACCCAAUGCCAUCUCCACCAUAUCAGCCUGAUACUUUUAAAUCCUGGCAUUUUGUGGAGUCCAGAGGUCAUUUGCAUCUUAUUGAUUAUAAUGAUGGUACCGGAUUUAAUUUCGACAUUUCUGAGAUGGAAAGUGAUCACUCCAAAUGGUCAUUGAAGUAUCGGUUUAGCCUUGACUCGAUGAUGGUUGAUCUUGCAUCAAAACAGGAGAUGGUUGUCCGCCCUGAUACGGUCAGCGUGCUUGGUUUAAUUCAUGGAGAAGAUGAUGGGGAUGUGUUUUUGGUGCUAUUUGUAGACACAACUAUGAUCAUCUCCUACAACAUUAAGGACAACACCUUUAAGAAGCUUGAUGAUAUAUCAAGCCUUCGUGAUUUUUCUUAUGAUGAGCCUAAGUGGCGUGUUCAUCGAUACUUUGAGAACAUCUUUCAUGUUUGA